AAGCAUUCAGUGAGUCCUGCCUCUGGAACCAGCAAAUGCCAGCAUGACUCUGAGGACUACCUUGGCAGUGUGUGCUCUCCUUUUGGGGAUGUGCAGUGGCACAGACGGCAAAGAAGCAACAAUCCCAACAACAACUGCCUUCUGCAAGAUUGUCUGGUUAAUUGGAGUUCCAUGUGAUCAAGUUACCACGGCGAUUGUUUCACAGAUUAAAGCCAUGGGGUCCUACAAUCUUGGCUCAGUAACUCCAACAGUAAUCCAGGCCAAUCACACUUCUGGGAUUGGCCAGAUCGAAAGCGUUAACUUCACCAUGACUCCGACGUCAAUGGUUCUGGGCUGUCAUGUACAAGGAUCAUCUGUGUCUGCAGUUUGGUUCAGCCUGUAUGACAAUGGCACCAACUUCUGUAACCUCCGCAACGUCAUCAAAGGAAGUGGACUAACCAAAGCUCCAGGCUUCAUGGAGUUCACCAAUGAGUGGCUCUGUCUCGGAUGUGCACUCUCCGCUUGCUGAUGAAUUGAGAAAUCUGGAAUGUGUGUUUUUUGUCACGGUAAAGAGAAUUAAUCAGAAUUUCACUGCAUGAAAACCGAGCACAGACAGCUCUCUGCUCUGGUAUCUCACGCUGCAUUUGUGAGACUGUACUUUUCAGAUAUGGGAACCUUCUUCUUUUUUCAUUUCUAAGCUAGUGAGUAGCUGUGAGGAAGAUUUUAAAAUAACUCUCCUCACAGUGCAAUUCCUGGUUCCUGUGUCGUCUUGAGGAUUAAAAAAAACAAUUUGAUGUUGCGAGUCACAUGAUUUCCUUUGCAGAGGAUUUACUUUGUUGUGUUGGGGAAACUGGUCAUGCACUCUGAUUUGUCGAUGUUCCACACAUGAGCUGGAAAAAGUCAUCUGACUUGCGAAUUACCACCCUGCAUUCUGCCAUGUAUGUAUUUCAUUGCCAAAGAAAAUAAAACGCAAAGGAAAACUGGA